GAAAAAGGGUGUGCAACCUUGUUCCGCGCGAUCAAAUACUCUGUCCAAUUCUUGUUUUUGCAAUAUUUGGUGUGUUCGUGAAGGGUCAAGCGCCCAAAAUACCAGGGAACAAGCGAGCAGCGUCUGCUGUCUGUUGAUGUCCCAUUUGUCUCGGGUAAAGGUGACACCACAGCAACCACGAGCAUCAGGGAGAAAAGGCAACACCAGCGGCACGGAUGUUUCCUAUGAGAUUGCGCGAGGGUACGGCUCUGUCGAAGAGCUUAGCACGGUGGGCCUCCACGGCAGUCGUUGAGACCAGGAUCUGCAGCGUCGACCGGAUUGGGGUGGCUGAGAAACUGCCGCCGCAACAACGCCAUCUUCGGCGUUUUUCCACGAGUGCCGCUUCGGGAGCCGUUGCUGUCCGCAACACAAGCGUACACGUAGGUUACGGGCGAAGGAGUGCUCACGAUCAGGCACAAGGGGAUAGGACAGCGGGAGAGAAACCCUUCAGUGGUAUAGUCCGCACGGAGCAAGAGGCAUGGGGCGGGGAGGGGCAGCUUCCGGCGGGGGGUGAUGUUGAUGAGGAGGAGGAGGAGGAGGAGGAGGAGGAGGUUAUGGUGACCACUAGAGGGCGCAAGGAGAGAAGAGACAGCGUCACCGACAGCAUCGUUAAGGGUGAGUUGCAGCAGCUCACGGCCGUACACACGGACACGGGAGCCGGGGUGUAG